UUUCAAUAAAUAAAUUAAAAAAAAUGAAAGCCACCACGAAAUACAACGAUCAGCUAGAAAAUCAUACGAAGCGCGAUGUUGGUACCAGUCAAGUGAAUAAGCCAACGAUACCGUAUUCAAGUAACGGAGCACAAGAAACACAACGUCAUACUAGAAAAAAGGAUAACGCUGAAGUGUCAAAAAUAACGUAUCAAGGCCUUGAAACACGAAAACCAGUGGCAAUUGAAAAGGGAUCGAGACGACUUAAUAACGCUCCGCGAAUUCCUCUAACGAAUGCAGCAAUCUGGAACAACGGCAACAUUGAGAAAAGUAACAAGAGAGACAAUGUUGGAACUAAUCAACAAAAUCAGUCAACGAAAUUGGUGGCAAAGAGCGGAAAAGAAAUACACAACCAAAAAAAAGGAAAGAAUCCGACCGAGAGGUGUUGGAAGAUUAUGAAAAAGAUAUACAUGAAAGGCCUAAAAGACCAAAAGGGCUGUCGGAACCGGUGAAUAGAAGGGUGCAGCAAAAAAACUUGAAGGACCGGGGUAGAAUACAGUUUAUCGAAAAACAAAGUCAGUCACACAGGGAGAAUAAUAGUAUUGAUGAUACUACCGGAGAACAUAACAAAAAUCGAGUGGAAGAAAGAGUGCCCACGACCUCGCGUUACUCAUGGAACGAGAGAGAAAAGAUAAAAAAUGCAGUGAAGAUUAUACGUAAUAUCGGUAACUUUUGGAUGAGAAAGGUGAAAAUAUUGGAAAAAAUGUUGGAUAUAGAUGAUGAUGAUGAAGCAGACUUGGAAAUAUUCAAUAUCACGUUAGAUGAUGAAAUCGAGGAAGUCGAAAUAAUUCCUGGAUGGUUAAUUAACCGGAAAAUAUUUGUCAACGCGGGAUCUGCUUCAAACAUGAACAAAAGACUAAAUACCUUGAUGUCAGCUUUGUGGAGCAAAGAUGAGAUGGACAAAUUAGUCGUUAAAAAGAGGAGAAAACGUGAUCAUGGGAAACGUGAAAUAACUACAAUGGAAAUUAAAAAGUUGAUGUAUGCCUGUAUCAAGCUGCAAUCCAUAAAAGAACUCCCGAUGGAAGGAGUGGACUCCAUCGUCAAUAUAAGAGCGAUGAUUUCGAACAAAUUAAAAAACGACCGCUAUAAUAAUAACCGCGCAAAAAAAAAAGCUACGAAGAAGGCACGAAAAAAUGGAGCGGCUGCAUCUAAUCAUUCCGGCGACGAAGACGACGAUGAUAUCCAAGACGACGAUGCCGACGGCGACGACAGCGGCGGCAACAACGUUGAUACCGACGACAACAGCGAUGACGAUGACCUAAACAUCGACGAUGACGACAACAACGUCGAUGUUUACGACUAUAAUAGCGACAACGACAACUGAAACGUUGACGUCAUCAACGCCAAUAAUUAAUUUAAUUUUUCUCCAUCUCGCAUAAUCAGUAAACAACAUCGCAGAAAGCCAAGCAUUUACCGGUAGAAUGAACGGAAUCAGUAGAUUAAUAUAAUGAUAGAUAAGAAGAUGUAUUUGAAUCAAAAGACUGAAUUUUAGAUAUAGCUAAAGAUUGGUAUGUCUGUGUUGUGAUUACAAUUUUCAAUACAUUAUGUCGCGUAAAAAAUUUUUUUUCAGUCAAAAUGUUUUAUACGACAUUGAAGUGCAAUUAAAUGCAAUGUAAGAAGCGACAAACAAAUAUCUAGCAAAAACGGUACUCGUUUUUGAAACGCGUACACUAAAUGAAUCUAUAUCUAUUUAAUUUUGUUAAUAAAAAAUCGCUAUAUAUGAGUAGACAAUUACAGAAUGGAAGGAAACAAAAAGUGUUAUGGAGUUUUUACGCUAAACACAAAUGUAAUAGAUCAAUUAGUGCAUACUUUGUGGACAAUAACAAAAUGUUACAAGCGGGUUGAGGUUUCGGAGGAUAAAUUGUAAGAGUGUGAUUAUUUUAUACAUUUAGCAAACAAACGUAUUGUGCCAAAAUUUUUGCUGUGAUACAGAAAUCGUCGAAUUCGAAUAAAAACUUUAUUGAUACAAA